UUGUGGCACAGACUGAAAAUCACCUUGGUAGGGAAGAAGAAUAUCCCAGAAGAGUCUGAUCAGCUUUUUCCGUUUCACAUAAGUUCUUAUUUAUGUUCUUAAUACGGACAAUAGGAGUUCAGUCUCUUUUCUGUGGCGAAUAUGUUUUCAACCUAUACAUGCACCCAGCCUCCCUCCACCUGAGCUCCUGCCACAAGAUUCUGCAGCCAAGAAUAAUCGCCCAUGUUCAGCGGGACCCAGGGGAGGAUGGAAGAGAGGAGGACCUUUCAGCCAAAUGUCACAUGUAACAGUUCAAUAGACCUGGGACUAUUUCUCCACUACUCACUUAUUCCAUCAGUUUUUAUCAUUUUGGUGUUAUCCUUCCUUCAAAGAAGAAUAUUCCGGGAGCAGAGAGAUGACAAAUCCAAUCUCCUUGAAGGACGCUUUGGAAUUGUGAUGCCCCUGGAUUUUGUUGGAACAUUCAGGAACCGAUGGUCAUAUGGAAUUGCAUUUGGAGCUGCAGCCAACAGAAUCAUGUUCUUAUUUGCUGAAGGUUAUCAGCCACUACAAGCACCAAAAUGGGCACAAGCCAUUGUUCUUCUAAUAGGAGGGACUGAAGUGGGAUUCUCAUAUUUUCCAUUCUUCGCAUGCCUUUCAUCAGAAUCCAGACUGAUAGGAUCAUUCCUGGGAUUUGGUUACUCUUUAAUUUGGUUUGCAAUUACAGUCCUGCACAUUGUUCAGUGCCCACAUGGACAGUUUCUGGGCAACUACCAAACAAUUAUUUUUUAUUGGCCUUCCUUACUGUGUCUAGCUUUCCUCUUAGGUCGCUUUGUUUACAUGUUUAUAAAAGGCUUGAGGAUUCAGCUAGGCUGGGAUAUACAAAGUGAAGAGAAACCCUUCCUGGAGGUUCACCAAGCCAAGCAUGUCAAACGACUCUUGAGGAAGCCCCUUGUUCAAGAAGAAGAAAAGUCUUGGUUUCAACGUAGGAUAUAUGAAUGGGAUCCGUUUUUUCAGUUCCCCAGCAGAAUGAUUGGUACUGCUGUGCUAGCCUUAAUCUGCCUGUACCUCUUCAUUAUUAUAGAAUUCUGCGUGUACAUAUACGUUGUUCAAGAGCUGGAAGUGUUUGAGAGGGAGCUCGAGAACUACAUCAUUUCAGAUAAUGAAACAAGUAUGCUGAUGCCUGCUGUUCUUAAAAUCAGAGAUCUGAUUCAAGUCACCAAAGGUGUCUGGACUUGGACUAGCUUUCCUGCCUCCUUCACAAGUAUUAGCUAUGUGUUUCACAUUCUAGCCUGCUACAGAAAACAUAUUAAGAGGCUCUGGUCAGGAGAGAAAAAAUUUCUUCCUCUGAAAUUUCACAGUCCUUCCUCUUCUGAAAGCGUGGCGGCCAUAGCAAGAUACUCAGGUUGGCAAAUAGCAUACAUUUUAUGGGGCUACCUCAUCAUCCAUGUGGUCCAGUGUCUCUUUGGUGUGAUGUUCACAUACAGUUUAGUUUUACCAGUAAGACACAACCAAGGGCUGGCAAUGCUGAAAGAUUUGGGCAUUGGGAUUCUUACAAUUUCAAUCAUUGUGGGGCUCAUGGUGUUGCAAAUUUGGAUCGCUGGCAGAUUUUUCCUUCAACCAAAGAUUGGGCCUAGCGAUAAGCAGAAACCGUUAGCCCUGAACCACAGGAAAGCAUUCCACAACUUCAACUACUUCUUGUUCUUCUACAACAUCCUCCUGGGCCUAGGGGCUUGUCUCUCUAGACUGCUUUUCAGUUGCAUCUUGGGAACUUGGUUGAUAGCCCGGCUAGACAGGACCAUCCUGCAGAAUGGUUAUGAAAGGGCUGAUAUGGGAUACAUCUCAUGGAUCGGAAUGCUGUUUGUGGACCAUUACCAUACCAACCCUGUCCUUGUAAGUUUUUGCCACAUCUUGGUGACAGACCACGCUGAAAGAAAAUUUCAGAGCUCCAUCAAGUAUGGGUACUUGAAUCAUUCCCCAGGUCCAAGAGUGUCACAAAAGGCCAGGAUGAGAUGGUUUCUCCUGUACACCCUUUUGCAAAACCCCAGACUUUCCUCACUCAGAAAGCCUAAAGCAGAACUGGAAUUCAGGGAUCUUCCCCAUAUUACUUGUAGCUGAUGUGCUCCAACAGAUGAAAUGCCUGAAUCUCUUAAACAGAGUUUAUCUCCUAUGACUCCUGGAGUUUGAGAUGUGAGAUCAGGGGAUAGUGCGGUGUGGUGGGAUUCAGACCAUUAGCCAUGACAUUUGGGAUGCCUCCCUCUGGCACCAAAUGAGCACAAGUACUGUCCAUAAAUGGUGAUUUGUUAUAACAUUUCCCCUCCUUUUGCUGAAAGGGUAAGAUAUGCCUUAUCAUUCCAUCAUAUUAAACUAACAAACCAAAAAAAAAAGGCCAAUUGACUUAUUCCAGUAAAUUCCUUUAGCUGGGUGGGCCAAUAAUGUCAAUUUCCUCAUCUUCUCCAGGGUCCACGUUAGUCAACAAGUGUAAAAUUGAGCUUCUUUUCUUUGAUACCAAAGAAGAUAGGCCUGGUCGUGAUUUUCCACCCUGACUAGCCCUGUAGCAGUUGCAGAUCCUGAAGACAACUAAGUUGGCCACAGAGGCCACAUCAUCACUCAGAUAGGAACACUGAGGAGCCCAGAACCAGUCUUUUUUCUGGGUGUGAAGAAGCACUGGUAAAUUGCUGUCAAGUUGGCAGGACUUUUAUCUUCCCUAUUAAAGUCAGUGGACCAAGCUCUUUUUUUUUUUAAGAAAAAAAAAGAAAAUACCCGGGCUCUUGGCUCCAAAUAUUGAUUUCUGUAUAAUUUGCAUGCAUUUGCUACCAAAUUCACCAGCCUUUAAAUUCAAAU